AUUUGAAUGAUCACAAACUGCCAUUAGACCAAUCAAUUUUUGGUCGUUUCGCUAGAAUUGGUCCUGCUCGUGGAAAUAACUGAGCUGACUAAGAAAGAAAUGCAACUCAUGUAAUUCUUUUCAGCAUCUUUAGGUUCGUAUAAUCCUAAAAUCUUCAUUCAUAAUCUAUGCUUCUUUGAUGAGAAAAUAAUGGAAGGCUUUCUGAGGUUUGUUAUAUGCUUAAUCUUGUUCUCCAUUAUAAGUGGAGCUGCUGCAGUAGAUACUAUUGUUCCAGAUAAAUCAAUGAAAAAUGGUGAAACUCUAGUUUCAUCCAAAGGAAGCUUUGAGCUUGGAUUCUUCAGAAGUUCCAACGGUCAGUACUUGGGGAUAUGGUAUAACAAACCAGGAACUCGGACAGUCGUGUGGGUAGCUAAUAGAGAAAAUCCACUUUCUGAUGGUGAAGGGCUUCUGGUACUGGACUCAAAGGGAAUUCUUGCUCUUCUUAAUAGCACAAAGGGUGUCAUUUGGUCAUCCAAUACAUCAAGAAGUGCAGAAACUCCAGUUGCUCAGCUCUUGGACUCAGGCAAUCUUGUAGUGCAAGAAGAAAAAAAUUACAACGAAGAUGACUAUCUAUGGCAGAGUUUUGAUUAUCCAUCUGAUACGUUACUACCGGGAAUGAAGCUGGGAAAAAACUUAAAAACCGGGUUUGAUUGGUUUUUAUCAUCCUGGAGAAGCACAGAUGACCCAGCUCCAGGUAUAUAUUCUAUACGUAUGGAGACUCAAGGGGUUCCACAGCUAGUAGUUGAGAAGGGUCCUAAAAUUCAGUACAGGGCAGGGCCAUGGAAUGGAAUUAGUUUUGCAGGGCGUCGUGCUGAGCCAAAUUCUAUAAUUUCAUCUCAAUAUGUGUCGACUAAUGAAGAGGCAUAUUAUAGGUAUGAGCCUGUAGAUAGCUCAGUUGAAACAAUGUUCGUGUUGAAUUCAUCUGGUCUUUUUCAGUUCUUCUUGACAAGAGGGAUUCAUGAUUGGGAGCUUCUGAUGGUGCCUGCAUUUGAUGUCUGCCAAACAUAUGCCUUCUGUGGAAAAUUUGCUAACUGCAAUUUCUAUAGAUCUCCUGUAUGUUCAUGCCUGGAAGGCUAUUUGCCCAAAUCUCCAGAAGAUUGGAAUUCAGGAAAUUGGUCUGGCGGGUGUGUUAGAGAGACACCCUCGGAUUGUGAAACAGAUAUGUUUCUCAAGCAUACAGGGUUGAAAUGGCCGGAUACAUCCAAUUCCAAGGUAAACAUGACAAUGAACCUCAAGGAAUGUGAGCAAAUGUGUUUGACAAAUUGCUCCUGCACAGCAUAUACAGAUGCAGAUGUCAGAUUUGGGGGAAGUGGCUGCUUGAUGUGGUUCGGUGACUUGAUUGAUAUACGAGAUCUCACACCGGGAGGACAAGACCUCUAUACACGGCUGGCACGUUCGGACAUGGGCAAUGAGCUAAAGGUUGGUGGCGGUGGACGCCGAACCACCUUCACCAUCUUGGCUAUGGCUUUGACCACCAAGCACCUCAAAUUCUAUUCUCCUCCUACUCUCCUCCAAGUCCUCUCUCAACCCUUUCUUCUUACUUCCAAAAGUCUAACAAUUGCAUCAGACCAUGACCGCAUUUAUGAUAAAUCAAUGAAAAAUGGUGAAACUCUAGUUUCAUCCAAAGGAAGCUUUGAGCUUGGAUUCUUCAGAAGUUCCAAGGGUCAGUACUUGGGGAUAUGGUAUAACAAACCAGGAACUCAGACAGUCGUGUGGGUAGCUAAUAGAGAAAAUCCACUUUCUGAUGGUGAAGGGCUUCUGGUACUGGACUCAAAGGGAAUUCUUGCUCUUCUUAAUAGCACAAAGGGUGUCAUUUGGUCAUCCAAUACAUCAAGAAGUGCAGAAACUCCAGUUGCUCAGCUCUUGGACUCAGGCAAUCUUGUAGUGCAAGAAGAAAAAAAUUACAACGAAGAUGACUAUCUAUGGCAGAGUUUUGAUUAUCCAUCUGAUACGUUACUACCGGGAAUGAAGCUGGGAAAAAACUUAAAAACCGGGUUUGAUUGGUUUUUAUCAUCCUGGAGAAGCACAGAUGACCCAGCUCCAGGGCGUCGUGCUGAGCCAAAUUCUAUAAUUUCAUCUCAAUAUGUGUCGACUAAUGAAGAGGCAUAUUAUAGGUAUGAGCCUGUAGAUAGCUCAGUUGAAACAAUGUUCGUGUUGAAUUCAUCUGGUCUUUUUCAGUUCUUCUUGACAAGAGGGAUUCAUGAUUGGGAGCUUCUGAUGGUGCCUGCAUUUGAUGUCUGCCAAACAUAUGCCUUCUGUGGAAAAUUUGCUAACUGCAAUUUCUAUAGAUCUCCUGUAUGUUCAUGCCUGGAAGGCUAUUUGCCCAAAUCUCCAGAAGAUUGGAAUUCAGGAAAUUGGUCUGGCGGGUGUGUUAGAGAGACACCCUCGGAUUGUGAAACAGAUAUGUUUCUCAAACAUACAGGGUUGAAAUGGCCGGAUACAUCCAAUUCCACGGUAAACAUGACAAUGAACCUCAAGGAAUGUGAGCAAAUGUGUUUGACAAACUGCUCCUGCACAGCAUAUACAGAUGCAGAUGUCAGAUUUGGGGGAAGUGGCUGCUUGAUGUGUCUAUGCUUCUUUGAUGAGAAAAUAAUGGAAGGUCUUCUGAGGGAUCUUAUAUGCUUAAUCUCGUUCUCCAUUAUAAGUGGAGCUGCUGCAGUAGACACUAUUGUUCCGAGUAAAUCAAUGAAAAAUGGUGAAACUCUAGUUUCAUCCAAGGGACGCUUUGAGCUUGGAUUCUUCAGAAGGUCCAAGGGUCAGUACUUGGGGAUAUGGUACACGAAACCAGAAACUCAGACAGUUGUGUGGGUAGCUAAUAGGGAAAAUCCUCUUUCAGCUGGGGAAGGGGUGCUGGUACUGAACUCAAAGGGAACUCUUGCUCUUCUUAAUAGAACAAAGGGUGUCAUUUGGUCAUCCAAUACAUCAAGAAGUGCAGACAGGCCAGUUGCUCGGCUCCUGGAGUCAGGCAAUCUUGUGGUGCAGGAUGAAAAAAAAUAUAACUUAGAGAACUAUCUGUGGCAAAGUUUUGAUUAUCCUUCUGAUACAUUACUACCGGGAAUGAAGGUUGGAAAAAACUUAAAAACUGGGUUUGACAGGUAUUUAUCUUCCUGGAAAAGCACAGAUGAUCCAGCUCCAGGUUUAUAUUCAGUACGUAUAAUCACUCAGGGGGUUCCACAAUUAGUAAUUGAGAAGGGACCUAAAAUUCAGUACAGCCAAGGGCCAUGGAAUGGUAUUGCUUUUGAAGGGCGUACUAGUAAGCUAAAUCCCUUAACAUCCCCUCAAUAUGUGUUGAAUGAUGUAGAGGUAUAUUUUAUGUACGAGCUUAAAGAUAGCUCAAUUGAAACAAGGUUGGUGUUGAAUUCAUCUGGCCUUGUCAAGAGCUUUCUAUGGAGAAAUGGAGAUCAUGAUUGGAAGCUUGGGAUGAUGCCUUCACCUGACAUAUGCGACCAGUAUGCCUUCUGUGGAAAAUUUGCUAAGUGCAAUAUCAAUAGCUCUCCUGUAUGUUCAUGCCUGGAAGGAUAUUUUCCCAAAUCUCCAGUAGAUUGGAAUUCAGGAAAUUGGUCUGGUGGGUGUGUUAGAGAUGCACCCUCGGAUUGUGGAAAAGAUGUGUUCAUCAAGCAUACAGCGUUGAAAUGGCCAGAUGCAUCUAAUUCCACAGUAAACAUGACAGUGAACCUCAAGGACUGUGAGGAAAUGUGUUUGACGAACUGCUCCUGCACAGCAUAUACAGAUGCAGAUGUCAGAUUUGGAGGAAGUGGCUGCUUGAUGUGGUUUGGUGACUUGAUUGAUAUACGAGAUCUCCCAUCAGUAGGACAAGACCUCUAUAUACGGCUGGCACCUUCAGACAAGGAUGUCCAUCAGCUUAACUUUCAAUCUUUCAGCUCAUCUUACGGGGACAAAGAGAUUGAAGGAGUGGAAGAAAGCAACAUUCAUAGCGAGCUUUGUCAUGAUUGGCACAUUAAUCCUAAUAUUGGGCUUUGUUUUCUGUUUAAGGAAGGAAAUACACAGAAAAGGAGAAAGGAUUACAUGAAUGAUGGAGAAGAGGAAUUGAUGUUGUUGCCGGUGUUUGAUUUUGAAACUAUAGCUAGUGCAACAAAUAACUUUUCAAGCAAUAACAAGCUGGGACAGGGUGGCUUUGGUCCUGUGUACAAGGGUACAUUGUUAGAAAAGGAGCAAGACAUAGCAGUGAAGAGGCUAUCAAGGAGUUCAGGACAAGGACUUCAAGAGUUCAAGAAUGAAGUUAUCUUGAUUGCAAAGCUUCAGCAUCGAAAUCUUGUUAAGCUUCUUGGUUGUUGCAUUGAAGGGGAUGAAAAAAUGUUAAUCUAUGAGUACUUGCCAAAUAAAAGUUUGGACUACUUUAUUUUCGAAGUUCUGAGAUGCAUUCAUGUUGGACUGUUAUGCGUGCAGCAAAGACCAGAAGAUAGGCCAGACAUGUUAUCUGUGGUUCUAAUGUUGAGAGGUGAUAGUGCAUUGCCUGAGCCAAAGCAGCCUGGGUUUUUCACAGGAAGGAAUCCUUUUAUGGUUGAUUCUUCAGGAAGCAAGACUGGAUCAGGUUCAAUAAAUGAGGAUUCUAUCACUCAGUUAUAUGGACGCUAGAAGGAAAAAAAGGUAGCAGAAAAUGGAACUCAAAUAUCAGUAAUGAUUAUAUGCCAAAGUCGUAACUUGUAAGGGUUUUAUUUUUUUAUUUUUUAAUAAUAAUAAUUAUUAUUAUUCGUU